AAUGAUUUCAAACACAUCACCUCAUUUGUCCCCCGAUCCUACCGGUGGCAUCACUUUCCAGGCGCAGGAUAAGCUUCCAAAGCUCCCCAUUCCAGACUUGAAGGAGACCACCGACAAGUAUUUGGCUGCCUUGACUGCCCUUCAGACGCCUAAACAACAUGAAGCAACCAAAUUGGCCGUCCAGCAUUUCUUGGAACAUGAAGGACCGGAUCUUCAAGAGAAACUCAAGUCCUAUGCUACUGACAAGAAAUCGUACAUUGAAGAAUUUUGGUACGACUCAUACCUACAGUAUACUGACUCUGUGGUCUUGAACUUGAACCCAUUCUUCCUUUUGGAAGAUGACCCAACUCCUCAACGAAGUGACCAAGUUGUACGAGCCGCAUCUCUCAUUACUUCCACACUGAAGUUCGUGUAUGCGUUACGCAACAAGUCUCUGGAACCUGAUGUUUUUCGCGGUACUCCUCUUUGCAUGUCCCAAUUUAGUCGCUUGUUUGGUACGGCCCGUAUGCCAACGGAGAAUGGAUGUUAUAUACAAUCGGACGAUCAAGCCAAACAUAUUGUUGUUUUGGCCCAUUCACAAUUCUACCACUUUGAAGUAUUUGAUGACGACGGUAACAUUGCUGUGACGGAAAAAGAAAUUGUGGCCAAUCUCAAAGCCAUUCGCUCCGAUGCCACUAAAACCGCCGUGCAUGACAUUGCCAAGAAUGCUGUAGGUGUGCUUACCACUGAAAGCAGACCUGUAUGGGCAAGACUUCGUGACCGACUCAAUGAGGGACAGGAAAAUCGAGAAGCCCUCCAGGUGGUGGACUCUGCUCUCUUCAUUGUAUGCCUGGACCACGUUUCCCCCCAGACAUCGGAUGACUUGAGCACAAACAUGCUUUGUGGUAGUUAUGAGAUUGAUCAGGGUGUACAGGUUGGAACAUGUACCAAUAGAUGGUACGAUAAGCUGCAGAUUAUCGUCUGUAAGAAUGGUAGUGCCGGUAUCAACUUUGAACACACUGGUGUUGAUGGUCACACUGUCCUUCGAUUUGUAUCUGAUAUCUACACAGAUACUAUUCUGCGGUUUGCCCAAACAAUCAACAGCCAAACAAAGUCUAUCUUCCAUUCCUUGACUCAGAAUGGUGAUAAGCGUAGAUCAAGCAGCAUCUCUAGCAACGGUACCAAUCACAUACAAGAUGUUAACCCUCGUAAGAUCGAGUGGAAGUUAAAUGAGGAGCUUAAGCUGGGUAUUCGAUUUGCUGAGACUCGUUUGAGCGAUUUGAUUCUGCAAAAUGAAGUCAACGUUCUGGAGUUUGGCGAUUAUGGCAAGAGCUUCAUCGUCGAUAUGAAGCUCAGCCCAGAUGCUUUCGUUCAGAUGGCUUUCCAAGCCGCUUACUAUGAUCUUUACGGCAAAAUCGAAUGUACCUAUGAACCAGCCAUGACCAAAACUUUCUUACACGGACGUACUGAGGCCAUUCGUAGUGUUACACCGGAAGUUGCUGACUUCGUCAAAAAGUUUUCUGAGCGCAAUGGUGACAACCGUGGCGUUCUGGAUUCUUUAAGGAAAGCCAUUCUCAAGCAUUCAAAGCUCACUCGAGAUUGCUCAAAGGGUUUAGGACACGAUCGUCAUCUUUAUGCACUUAACUCGCUGUGGGAUAGAUUGCACAAGGAUGAGAAAACUCCAAAGAUCUUUACCGAUCCAGGUUGGACUACUAUGAAUCACACCGUUAUCAGUACCAGUAACUGUGGCAAUCCUGCGCUUCGUUUGUUCGGCUUUGGGCCCACUGUUGGUAAUGGAUUUGGAAUAGGCUAUAUUAUCAAGGACGAUGGUAUUGCGCUUUGUGUGUCCUCCAAGCACAGACAAACGGCUAGAUACCUCGCUACUCUUAAGCAGUAUUUGCUUGAUAUUAAGCAAAUGCUCAUGAAUGAGAGAUACCCUACUGGUACAUCUCAGAAGCAGAGAUUGCUGGCAAUGCAAGAAUCCGCUAAUUUAACUAAUGGCUAUGGAUACUGGGAUAUAGAACUUGCGAAUGACCAGAAACCAGUUGAGGAAGUUCCCGCCAACUUCCGGAAAGUUGGCCGACGUCUAAUGCUUAAUGAUGUUACGGCAUAAUCAGGUUUCUUCACCAUUCUAUCUACACUAUUUACCCACUGUAUUCUCCUUCACAAACCCAAAAUCAAGUAUCUUAUAGCACUCAUUACGCUUCUUUACAUAUUACCCUGUACCAAUAUCUGCAUAUGUAGAUGUUUGUUUGUAUUAUGAAAAGGUGACCGAAAGUACAUAAAUCAUUU